UAGAGAUAGAUAUAUAUAUAUACACACACACAUAUUUGCCUCCAAACCACUUAGUUCUCAUUUGAUUCAGAGAGCAUUUAUUGAGACUAGUACAUCCUAACCUAGCAGCACGGAGACGAACACCUUCCCUAAAUAUGAUUCACUGUGAGCAGCUCAAAAGGAAGAAUAAAAAAGCAGAGGAGCAUCCAGAAUUGUGCCCCCAUCAGUGUGUUGAAAUGGAAAGCAGGUGCGAAAGUAAAGAGCUUGAUGUUGAAAUAAGGAACCUGAUAGAGAAGAAUAACAGUUACCAGUCAUGUGAGGACCCUGAACCUAUUGCCCAAGAGAGUCCGAACCCCCAGAGAACUUCAUGUUCCCUUAAGACCCGUCGUGAAACAAAUGCUCAAGGCCAUCUUGGAUGCAUGUGGGCAGAUGUGACUGACAUGGAAGCCCCAACAGACCCACUAGAAUCACAGCACACAUUACUGACCAAGAAGAAGACUGUAUCAGCCAGUUCUCUGGAGCAACAGAUCCUCUCACUGGAAAGACAGAGACGAGAACUUCUGGAGGUGAACAAGCAAUGGGAUCAUCAAUUUAGAAGUAUGAAAGACCUUUAUGAAAAACAGCUGGCAGAAAUGAAAACAAAACUGGACGAGUCAGAGAGGAGAGUCAGUGAGCUGGAGGAAGAGAGACAUCGGCAGCAUCCAAAAGAUGAGAGGUUCCGAGCCCCGGGCAGCGAGAGGCUGUUGCAGGAAAUGAAAGAAACAAAGGUCCUUAGUGAAGCUCUCCAUGAAAUGAAGGAAGAGAACAAGCUCCUGAAGCAGAAGAACGCCUCAAUGAUCAGAAAGAAAGAACAUUAUGAGUGUGAAAUAAGUCGUCUCAAUAAGGCCCUUCAGGACAUGUUGAAAAAGCAGCACUCUCCUGUUCCUGGGACUCUUUCAGAGAAGAGUGACAGGAACAGUCUUGAGGACAUGAGAACCCAACUUGAAGUUCUCAGACAGCAGGUACAGAUAUACGAAGACGACUUCAGAAAGGAGAGAUCUGACAGAGAAAGACUUAACGAGGAGAAAGAAGAAUUGCAGAAAAUUAAUGAGAGAUUACAGUCUCAACUGAAUAAACUAAACUCUCAGACAAAAGACCUCCCGGUACAGCCUGAGAGGCCCAGCUACCCACCUCCCCUCUUUCUCUCACCAUGUGUUAAUUAUGGGAGUUGUGGGUUGGUUCUUCACUAUCAAGAUCCUCGAGUGCAUCCAGCAUCUCGCAGGGCGCAUGAGCAGCAGCAGCAUUCUCCAGACUAUCAGUGGUAUGUUCCUGACCAGUUUCCGCCAGAUGUGCAGCACAAGGCAAAUGAUGCUUCUUCGGAGAAGGGAGCCCAUCACUGACGACCUAUGACCUGGAGAAGUGUAGACCAAAGACUGCAAGCUAGUCUUGCAACUGCAUUGUUCUGUUUUGUUCUGGUUUGGUUUGUUUGGCGUUUUUUUUUUGUGUU